AUGCCUAGCAGAGAUGAAGUCUCUUACUUUGGUGCCGGCCCCGCGCCUCUCCCUACCCCCAUCGUGGAGGCUGGUGCAAAGGCUUUUGUGAAUUUCAACGACUGCGGUCUCGGACUCGGCGAAAUCUCUCAUCGAUCCCCCACCGCGAACAAGAUCCUCGAGAAUAUCAAGGCUGAUUUGACCUCCCUCAUUGGCAUUCCGGAAAACUAUGAAAUUUUGUUUCUGCAGGCUGGCGGAAGUGGGGAGUUCAGCGCAGUCGUAUACAAUCUCGUCAGUGUCUGGAUAGAACGGAGAAGAAAGAGAGCAGAGGCGGAAUCCCUCAAGGCCAACCCUGGUGCGGAUAAGACGCAAAUUGAUGAAUUGGUUUUCCAGAGGGUGCAAAAGGAGGUGGAGAAGGAGCUGAAGCUAGACUACCUGGUUACGGGAUCCUGGUCGUUGAAGGCUUCGCAGGAGGCAGCCCGUCUGGUUGGAGCAAAGUAUGUCAAUGUCGCUCUCGACGCCAGGAAGUUCAACGAUGGGAAGUUCGGCAAGAUUCCACCUGAGGAAUCUUGGUCACUCACCCCGACAAAGCGUGAAGGCGGGAAGGGGUCGGCUUUCGUCUACUUCUGUGACAAUGAAACCGUUGACGGUGUCGAAUUUCAGGGCUUUCCUAAGUCCCUCGAGGCUCAGACGGGAGAUGAAGAGGACGAACGGCUGGUCGUUGCAGAUAUGAGUUCUAACUUCCUUAGCAGGAAAAUCGACGUCAGCAAGUAUGCCGUUAUCUUCGGUGGUGCUCAAAAGAAUGUUGGGGUCACUGGUAUCACCAUCGCCAUUGUACGGAAAUCUCUUUUACCACCACAGACAGCCACCCCACCAGCUUCACUUCUCCACAGACUGAACAUCGGUGGCCUGCCUGGACCGAUUGUAUUUGACUAUGCAACAGCUGCGAAGAACAACUCUCUCUACAACACCCUUCCCAUCUUCAACCUGUGGAUUGCUGGCCAGGUCAUAGCCAACCUUGUGGGCGCAUUCGGUGCCCAGAAAGUCGGCGGCCAGGAAGAGAUCGCAAAUAAAAAGGCGGCUCUUAUUUAUGGUGCUCUGGAUAAAUAUCCUCAGAUAUACCACGUGGUGCCUGACAAGAGCGUCAGGAGCAGAAUGAAUAUCUGCUUCCGGGUCCACGGCGGUGAUGCCGAGAAGGAGAAGGACUUCUUGACUGGCGCUGAAAAGCGACUGCUCCAGGGUCUAAAGGGUCAUCGGAGUGUCGGUGGUAUUCGGGCCAGUAAUUACAAUGCCGUGCCGUUGAGAAAUGUGGAGAAGCUGGUCAAGUAUCUCGAGGAUUAUGCUACUGGACAGGCGGAGUGA